ACAGUUGCAAAGAUUUAAUACAAUGGUCUUGCAAGGUCAACAAGUCAUGAGCUCGGGAAGAUCUUUGGGUGAAAAUAACAUUGACAGUGUUCCGGGGACAGUUGUGUGGUGGCCAAAACUAGAUGAUGUCAAAACAAAAGGUGUAUUCUCUCAAGGAAGAUUGGUUUCUGUAAAUUGGAUCCCACUGCAAGGGCAUGACUCCACAUAUGGAAACUCGUUUCCCAGUUCUCAGGGCUUUAGUGAAAUGCAAGAACUUCGUGGAUCAUAUACUAAUCGUAUUGUGGAAGAUCCACAACAAAUGAAGCUUUCCAGAAAACCAUUCCAGGAAAUGAAUGAGUCUAAUCAGAAACAAUAUCUAACAUCAGUGGCGCCAUCUCCCAAAACCAGUGGACAUAUGAAUUGGAAUGGCUUCAAUGGGUACCCACAUUUGUCAAACUUGGGAAUGGAAGCAUCGGGAAAAUGGAAAAUGCAUAUGAUGCCAUGCCAUUCAGAAGUUUCAGGGGCACAUGGUGGUGUGGACAUAAAUUUAAUGAGAAACAUGCAAGCUAAUAAACAGGGAACAACAGAGCAUCAGCCUGGUUUUCCUUCACGGGAAGCUUCUAAGGAUAAGAGAGUUGAUGUCGUUUCAGGCCCUGCAGACAAUAAUCGCAAAUUAUCUGGUCGUCAUAUGAUUGACUUUUUCUCAAGCAGUGAGCCAAAUCCAUCAAAAAAUAUAGUUUCUGUCAACGAGGAAGACCUACAAGUUUCUGCUCAUACCCCAAAAGAAUUUCUUUCACAAUUCUCCGAGGUUGACCAACAAUUGGAGCCAACAAGGUUGAUCAAGUCUGAUACAUCUGCUAUGAGCUGUGAGCAAGAAACAUCAUCUUGGAGACCACUACAAGAAAUACAAUGCAGAGCUCAGAAAAGGAGCUGUACUAUGUAGUAAUCAUUUACAUUUCUGUACGACAGAGAUUAGAAUUUUGUAAAUUUAAUAUAUUGUUGGAAAGAUUCUGACA